AUGCUGCUACUGAAGCUGGAGGGCGGGAAUGAAUUCUUACUCCCAUCUCACCCCGACCCCGACAAGAAACUCCAUCCCGGUUACGAUUUCGCUGCUCGGCUGCCUGCCUGCCGCAGGACUUGGAGGGGCAUAGACCUUGAUGAUGGGCUUCAAGAACUUCCCACUCACAUCAAGACAACUAUGGAGAGGUAUAAGAAGGCUAGCUCAGACAGUUCGAGCACGGCUUCUGUCACAGAGAUCAAUGCUCAGUAUUAUCAACAAGAAUCAGCCAAGCUGAGGCAGCAGAUACAGAUGCUGCAGAACUCUAAUAGGCAUUUGAUGGGAGAUUCUUUGAGUGCCCUUUCUGUGAAGGAACUGAAGCAGCUCGAGAACAGGCUCGAGCGCGGAAUCACCAGAAUUAGGUCCAAGAAGCAUGAAAUGCUGCUUGCCGAGAUUGAGUACUUGGAGAAAAAGGAGUUUGAGAUGGAAAAUGAAACUGUGUACCUUUGCACCAAGAUAGCUGAGAUAGAGAGGAUGGAGCACACGAACAUGGUUCCGGGCCAGGAGAUUAAUGCGAUUCAGGUGUUGGCUUCCCGCACCUCAUCCCGAUAA